AUGCCGUUUGGUUUGUGUAACGCCCCUGCUACAUUUCAAAGGUGUAUGAUGGCCAUUUUUUCUGACUUCAUCGAGGAUAUCAUGGAGGUAUUUAUGGAUGAUUUUAGUGUUUAUGGUUCUGACUUUGAUGUAUGUUUGCAUAAUCUUUCUAAAGUGCUUAAACGUUAUUCUGAAGUGAAUUUGGUAUUAAACUGGGAAAAGUGCCACUUUAUGGUCAAUGAAGGAGUGGUACUUGGUCAUCUUAUUUAUGAGCGUGGCAUCCAAGUUGACCGAGCAAAGAUUGAGGUGCUUGAGAAACUUCCCCCUCCUGUGAAUGUCAAGGGAGUGAGGAGUUUUCUCGGUCAUGCGGGUUUCUAUCGCCAUUUUAUAAAAGAUUUUUCUAAAAUUGCAAAACCCCUCACUCAAUUAUUUCUCAAGGAUGCCACAUUUGAGUUCACUGAUGCUUGUUUGGAGUCUUUCGACAGGAUUAAGAAAGCAUUGAUAACUGCUCCAAUCAUUCAACCUCCGGAUUGGGAUUUACCGUUCGAAAUUAUGUGUGAUGCGAGUGAUUAUGCUGUUGGAGCAGUGCUUGGCCAAAGAAAGAACAAGGAAUUUGAUUUGGAGAUUCGGGAUAAGAAGGGUGCAAAGAAUGUUGUUGCAGAUCAACUCUCUCGGUUGAAAUUUCAAUCUAGCACAGACGGGCCUAUCAAUGAUUCGUUUCCUGACGAUCAUCUAUUCUCUGUGUCUACUCAAUCCCCAUGGUAUGCGGACUUCGCAAACUUGUGUUGGUGGCUCCCAUCCUCCGGAGUUGACAUAUCAACAACGUGUGUAGCGGAUUGGGAUACCCACAGGGUUCUUAAGCAUUUCCACAGUUUACCUUCUAGUGGUCAUCUUGGUGCUAUUCCGACCGCCCAUCGAACUCUUCAAAGUGGUUUCUAUUGGCCUUCUAUAUUCAAGGAUGCUCGUUUCUUUUGCAAUGCAUGUGACGAAUGUCAACGAACGGGCAACGUUUCGAAAAGGCAAGAGCUACCACAGACCGGAAUUCUUGAGGUUGAGCCAUUUGAUGUAUGGGGCAUUGAUUUUAUGGGACCGUUCCCUUCUUCAUGUGGGAAUCGGUACAUCUUGGUUGCCGUUGAUUAUGUUACAAAGUGGGUGGAAGCUAUUGCAUCGCCAACCAACGACUCUAACGUCGUUAAGAAGCUUUUCAAGAAAAUAAUCUUUCCGCGCUUCGGAGUCCCAAGGGUCGUGAUUAGUGAUGGGGGUUCCCAUUUUCAUCAACGGACUUUUAAGGCUCUUCUGAAGAAGCACGGAGUUACUCAAAAGGUUGGCAUGGCUUAUCAUCCUCAAACGAGUGGCCAAGUUGAAGUUUCUAAUCGACAGAUCAAGAGAAUUCUCGAAAAAGUGGUCAACAAGUUUCGAAAAGAUUGGUCGUUGAAGUUGGAUGACACAUUGUGGGCGUUACGCACGGCCUACAAGACCCCGUUGGGGAUAACUCCGUAUAGGUUGGUGUAUGGCAAAACUUGUCAUUUACCAGUUGAAAUGGAAUAUCUCUCUAAUUGGGCCGUCAAGGAGAUCAAUAUGGAUUUAGAAGCGGCCGGUGAAGCGAGACUUCUUCAAUUGAAUGAGCUAGAUGAACUUCGGUUUGAAGCUUACGAGAAUCAUAGACUCUACAAGGAGCAAACGAAGAAGUUUCAUGAUAAGAUGAUCCAAAAAUGA